AUGGCCAUCGAUAGCAUGAGAAUAUGCACGGUUUGUGCCUCCAACAAUAACCGUUCGAUGGAAUCUCAUAAACAGCUAAAAGAUGCUGGCUAUAAUGUAAGCUCAUUUGGAACUGGAUCUUCGGUCAAACUCCCAGGUCCUUCUAUAGAUAGACCAAAUGUUUACGAGUUUGGAACCCCUUACGAAUACAUUUACCAGGACUUGAUGUCUCAGGAUUUCCGCAAGAUGUAUGAGGCCAACGGAUUGAUUUCAAUGUUGGACAGAAACAGACAUGUCAAAAAAGCACCUGAAAAAUGGCACAACAACGCAGCAUCUGGUAAAUUCGAUCUAGUUAUUACUUGUGAAGAGAGAUGUUUUGAUUCGGUGCUAGAAGAUUUAAUGAAUCGUAUGAAUAACAAGCCAGAAGAGAUUGAGGAGAACGAUGUCCGGCGAGUGGUCCAUGUGAUUAACAUCGACAUCAAGGAUGACAACGAGAACGCCAAGAUUGGUGGUAAGGGUAUUGUGAAGCUCGUGCUGAUGAUUCACGAGUUCCGAGAGGAGGAAAAGCAGAAGAAGUUGAAGGAAGGAGAUACUGAUCAGUAUCCGGUGAUCAUGGAGGACGAGAUGAUGCAGAUCUUAACCAAAUGGCAGAGUGAACAUACCCAUUUGCCUACGUUAUACAGUGUGUCGUAUUACUAG